UGUGAAUAGCUUUUCUUCAGUUUUCCAUACGGCUCUACGACAUAAAAUUAGUACAUGAGUGUUUACUCUUUUAAAGGACCUUUCAGAGCUCCAGUUCGGACACUUUAAGUGAGCUCUUUGGGGAAGCACGUUGUCAUCUGGUGGCUGAAGCAAUGCCAUCUUACUGGUAGAAACAUCAUGACCCACAGCAGCAUCAUGGUGGAUGUAGGCAAGUGGCCAAUAUUUACCUUGCUGUCCCCUCAGGAGAUAGCAUCCAUUCGGAAAGCCUGCGUGUUUGGUACCUCAGCCAACGAAGCCAUAUACAUUACCCACAGUGAUGAGGUGUUUGUUUUUGGGCUGAAUUGCAGUAACUGUUUGGGAACAGGAGAUAACCAGAGCACCAUAGUACCAAAGAAAUUAGAAGCCUUAUGUGGAAAGAAGAUUUCCAGCCUGAGUUAUGGAAGUGGACCCCAUGUUGUACUGUGCACUGAAGAUGGUGAAGUGUAUGCCUGGGGACACAAUGGUUACAGCCAGCUUGGGAAUGGCACAACCAACCAGGGCAUUACUCCUGUUCAAGUUUGCACAAAUCUGUUGGUAAAGAAAGUCGUGGAAGUCGCUUGUGGCUCUCAUCACUCCAUGGCGCUGGCCUUUGAUGGGGAUCUGUAUGCUUGGGGCUAUAACAACUGUGGUCAAGUUGGAUCUGGAUCUACAGCAAACCAGCCAACUCCUCGUAGAGUUUCCAACUGUCUGCAGGGGAAAGUGGUAGUUGGCAUUGCUUGUGGUCAGACCUCCUCCAUGGCUGUAGUGAACAAUGGUGAGGUUUAUGGCUGGGGUUACAAUGGUAAUGGGCAGCUAGGACUUGGGAACAACGGCAAUCAGCUAACACCCUGCAGAGUGGCAGCCUUACAUGGGGUGUGUGUGCUCCAGAUUGCCUGUGGCUAUGCGCACACGCUAGCACUAACAGAUGAGGGUUUGCUCUAUGCCUGGGGAGCUAACACUUAUGGGCAGCUGGGAACUGGCAAUAAGAGUAACCAGCUCAGUCCGGUGCAGAUCAUGAUGGAAAAAGAAAGGGUUGUGGAGAUAGCAGCCUGCCACUCAGCUCACACAUCAGCUGCCAAGACCCAGAGCGGCCAGGUGUACAUGUGGGGCCAGUGCCGCGGGCAGUCGGUGAUCCUGCCCCACCUGACGCACUUCGCCUGCACGGACGACGUGUUCGCUUGCUUCGCUACCCCUGCUGUCAUGUGGCGUCUCCUCUCAGUAGAGCAUGAGGACUUUUUAACGGUGGCAGAGUCCCUGAAGAAAGAGUUUGACAGUCCUGAAACCUCAGACCUGAAGUUCCGUGUGGAUGGGAAAUACAUCCACGUCCACAAAGCUGUCCUGAAGAUCAGGUGUGAACACUUCAGAACCAUGUUCCAGUCAUACUGGAAUGAGGAUAUGAAGGAAGUGAUAGAAAUAGACCAGUUUUCCUACCCUGUGUAUCGUGCCUUUCUUGAGUACCUGUACACAGACAGUGUUGACCUCCCGCCGGAAGAUGCAAUAGGGCUUUUGGACCUGGCUACUUCAUACUGUGAAAACAGACUGAAAAAACUCUGUCAGCACAUUAUCAAGAGAGGAAUUACUGUGGAAAAUGCAUUUUCAUUGCUCUCUGCUGCUGUCAGAUACGAUGCAGAGGACUUAGAGGAGUUCUGCUUUAAGUUUUGUGUCAACCACUUGACGGAGGUGACGCAAACCACAGCGUUCUGGCAGAUGGACGGGCCCCUGCUAAAGGAAUUCAUUGCUAAAGCCAGUAAAUGUGGAGCCUUUAAGAACUGAGAUGAGGCUGUAAGUUACAGGGGCUGGUAGGGGGGGGUUGCAGGUACAGUAGGGCUGUCACAAUCGUACUGGCAAAAGCAAGUGUCACCUGGUCUCUAUCAGAAGAUGUGGAAAGGCCACAGUGAAAACAAACAUCUUGUCUGCUCGAGGGUGAAGUGG